GUGUGUUGCAUAGGAUGCGAAGCGGCGUUUAAACGGAAACAACAGAAAGACAUCCACAUGACGGAGAUCCACACGACGGAAGCGAAGCUCACCUGUGAUUGGCCCGGCUGCGAUUCUGCGUUCAGUUCUCACAACAAACUGCGAAUCCACAAAAUGAAACACACGGGAGAAAAGCCCUACAAGUGUAGUCAAUGCGAGUGGAGAUUCCGGCAGAAGAACCACUUGAAGACGCAUCUGUUGAAGCAUUCGGGAGAAAAGCCCUUUUCGUGCCAACACUGCGACCGAAGGUUUGAAUUUCGCGCCAAAAGUGCUUUAAUUGACGACUGAUUGCAAAACAGGUUUCAAACGAAACAGUCGUUACGUAUUCAUUGCCACAAAAGCCACCCUUCGAUAGCGUGACGUCAUUUGUGUAUUACUUUCGAUCGUUUGUACCAAAAAUGCCAAUAAAAUGAAUACAAAAUGUCUAUAAGUUUUUCGCG